CCGGAGUUCAAUCGACACAACUCUUUCGAAGUUUAGCAGAAACAAUGACUGGACCUUAGGAGACAAUGCUAUCGCACCACACCUGCAGGCUAUAUUAUUGAAUAGAUCUAUUUCAUUUUCAUUGCAAGUUAUUGCAUAGUUGACUAGUAGGCCUACAUCGGACAAGAUGUCGGAGAAUGAGAGAACUCAACAGCAAACGAGGGGAUCCAUAAGACGACACAUUGAAGACUUUUGUGAAGAAUCAUCUUUGGUUGGUGUCAAAUAUGUUGUCGCUAAAGGCAGGCCACUAUUCGAAAGAGUUUGGUGGAUGUUGGUGAUUCUGUGCAGUUUCCUGCUGAGUUUCUACCUGAUUCAAGAGUUGUGGGUCAAAUGGAAUCCUGUUAUAGUAUCCUUUGCACAAAAACCAACUUCUGUUUGGGAAAUCCCUUUUCCUGCUGUUACCAUAUGCAGCAAGAACAAAGUGAAACAAUCGGUCUUCAACUUCACUAAGUAUGUCUAUAAGAACUCUCAGGGUGAACUCGCGGAGGACGAGAUUGAAAGACUUUCUGUCGUUGGAUUGCUGUGUGGAAUUCAUAAUGAAGUUGUGUCACAGGUCGAUAAAUCAAGGAUAGACCUUCUAGAAGAGGUUACAGAUCAUUUUCUAGUUAAUUGCGAAUGGCAAUCUAAUGGUAUCUUCACAUUAUGUACUGAUUUUCUUAAUUUCACUCGAAUAAUGACUGAUGACGGUUACUGCUUCACUUCAAACUCACUUAGUCAUUCUGACAUUUAUCAUAAAGAUGGGUUGAACUCCAAAUAUCUGAAGUUACUUCCAAAUGCCAGCGAAUGGGACUUGGAGAAUGGCUACAAAGACAAUUAUGCUUUCAAAGAUUAUCACCCUCGCAGGGCCAUUGGACCUGGACUGGAGUUCAGCCUCAUUAUUAACAUGGUUCAAGGUGAAAGUGACUUCGACCAAAUGUGUUCCGGUGAUUCACGGGGAUUCAAGGUAACGUUGCACAAUCCAGCUGAGAUUGCUACUGUUUCCAGACAAUUUUACAAUGUGCCCAUAAAUAAAGAAGUAUUUUUGGCUGUGAAACCCAACAUGAUGACUACGAGCAGCAAUCUCCGGAGCUACAGUCCUGAACGCCGGCAAUGCUAUUUUGCGCAUGAAAGGGAGCUUGCCUUCUUCAAAGUGUACACUAAGAAAAAUUGUGAGCUGGAAUGCCUGACCAAUCACACCUUGAAAGAAUGCGGCUGUGUUGCGUUCUACAUGCCAAGUGCAAAGGAUACUCCAAUCUGUGGUCCAAAGAAAUAUUACUGUUUGCAACGUUCUUAUAGGAAAAUGAUUACUGAGUCACUUGCAACAAUGAAUAAGGAGGUAGGCGUUGACUCAAGCUGCAAUUGUUUGCAAUCUUGCACCUCACUUGAAUAUGACGCUGAAACAUCUCAAGGACCUAUCGAUGUUAGAAAAUGGAGAAAAGCAGGUUACAGCUAUUCAAGAUUGUUCAUUAAUUUCAAGGAAGCUCAGUUCAUUGCGACACAUCGUAGUGCUUUAUACGGACUAUCUGAUUUCCUUGGUAUUUGUGGGGGACUACUUGGAUUGACUAACGGCUUCUGCAUUCUGAGUCUGGUUGAAUUAAUCUAUUACUUGACAUUGAGACUUUACCGCAAUUUCCAGAAGAAAAAAAAACCGAAUGACACUGAAAUGGAAAAUGUAGGGGAAUGAAAUAUCUAGGACUAUUUAGAUAGACGUCAUUCAGAUAAAGCCAAUCAGCAGGAUUUUUCGAACAAAUAUGACACAAGACUAUUAAAUAGUUUUUUACACUUGACGAAAAGAUGUUAUAGAACGUCUCCAUAGAAGCACAACAUAUUCAAUACUUCAUUUAACGUUUAUUCAAGACUUGGAACUCGAUGUUUAAUUAUCCUAUUAUAUGAGGGUGAAAUGAUAUCGAAUACGAUUUUGUCAGUUCCACAUUUUAUUAAUCUAACCAAAAUAGUAUCAUUGCUUCGGGCAACAUCUUCAGUGAAUUUUUUGAGUUAGAAUGAGGAUCAUGGAUGAAGAAUAUUUCUUGUAGACUAACUUCAGGUUUGGCAACAUAAUAAUAUCAUAAAAGAGUCAACACUUGAAAUAACAUGGUAAUGAAGAUAAUAUUGUACCAUAUAUAAUCAUAGAUAAUGAAUAUAAUCAAAUAUGAAUCGGAACCCCAUAAUUAUUGAGUGACACAAGCUAUCAAUUCUGUACCACAGAGCUAGAGGAGCGAAAAUCCAUUUUUUGACAAAAUUUUGUUUUUAGUGCCGGGUCUUGUUCAGUUUUUCGAACUCAUCAGAUGUAAGAUAACGUAAGUCCUCUGCAGUUGAUUGUUUUGAAGAUAGCCAGAGCUGAAAGAGCUUAAGCUCAGUAUGCAUCAAAACUGAAACAACGUGAGUCCAAUAAUUCACAUGUAAUUGUAAUACUGAUUCGACUUACGCUCUUUUAGCCCCGGCUGGGAGUGUAAUACUUUUUGGGCUCUCCUGUGAAAUGAGCCGUUUGAGGCUUACGCCCUUCUAACUCUGAGGUACAGAAUUAUCGGUGAUAAUGAAUCAUCAAUGAUAAUGAGAAUAUAGACCAUACAAAAAAUCAAUUGGUAAUAUAACAGUAAUAUGUGAACUCUAGAAAUUGUCCCUACAUACUUAAGACUAAUAUAGAAUUAUGAUUUUGAGAUUUACAUUGAAGGGCAAAACAAGACGGACAACAAAAUAAAAAUAAAUCAUCAUCAAGCAUAAAUAAUCAGAUAAUCUGAAUCCAAGGAUUGUUUUUAUUCAUACCCAAUUUAAGACUGGAAGAGCUAAUAGUGAUAUACCUACUGAUUUUAUUCACCUAAUAAGUUUAUUUCCAUUAUAUAAUCACACUUUUUUUAAUUUCGAUUCGUAUUUUUACUCUAUAUUAUGCUGCCACGCCUUAUGAUGAUCUACUAAUCCAUUCAUCCAACUGAACCUUUAUUUAUUUUCCUCAGUCCAACACAAAAAUACCAAUGAAAAUGCUGAAAAUCAUGUCCUUAGAGCAUCUAAACUGGUUUGGCUGAAUAAAUAACUUCUGAAAUUGAUAAUAUUAUUAAUUUCACCUCGAAAUAGUUUUAGGAUCUUCAUUGAAUACUGAUAAUGAUUUCUGAUGGCAUUGUUUGAGCUCUCAGGUGGGAGAAUAAAUAUGAAUGAAUUGUUGUAUAUUUAAUUAUGAUUGUUUUAUUUGAUUUUAUGAUUGUUUUUAAUUGUAUUAAAUAUAUAUUAUUUUAUUUUCUACUAAUUAAAAGAAUAAGACAUGUA